AAGCACAGACGCUGUGACAUAAAAAGCAACGGAAGCAAACUUAAAAUCAGCUGUCUCAGAAAAUUUGUUGUUUUAUUUGGUUUUGGCGUCACCUUGAUUGCGCGAUAAAAAGUGUUUUAAAUGGUCUUCCAGAUUAAAAGCGCGGAUUGUGCGGACAGUUGAUCGUUGGACAUGGCGCUGGCAGGUCACAGGAUUCAGGGUUUAUCCGAUGAAAGCCUUGACAACCGGGUGGAAACCAGCACGGGACCGGUUCAAGGUCAGUCCUGCACCGGAAUCUACGGAGACGAAUACGUUAGCUUUGAGGGAAUCCCGUACGCCCAGCCGCCGGUGGGCCCUCUCAGGUUCAAGGCACCCCAACCAGUGAAGCCGUGGACCACUCCCCUUGACUGCUCCAAGCCGGGAAACAAACCGCUGCAAUUCAACCAAUAUACCAAGAAAUUAGUCGGCUCUGAGGACUGCCUGUACCUGAAUGUCUACGCCAAGGAGCUUAACUCGCCGACCCCCCUACCUAUGGUUGUAUACUUCUUUGGAGGUGGCUUUGAGAAAGGCGACCCCACGAAGGAUCUACACAGCCCAGACUACUUUAUGAUGAAAAGAAUGAUCGUAGUUACUGUUUCCUAUCGAGUGGGUCCACUGGGCUUCCUGAGCCUCAACGAUCCAGCCGUGGGAGUGCCCGGUAACGCCGGACUUAAAGAUCAGCUUUUGGCCAUGAAAUGGAUAUCCCAGAACGCCGCCGCCUUCAACGGGGACCCCAAAAACAUAACCGCCUUUGGAGAGAGUGCCGGAGCAGCUUCCGUUCAUUAUUUGAUGCUCAAUCCUCAAGCGGAGGGACUCUUCCAAAAGGCCAUCCUGCAGUCAGGCAAUGUACUUUGCCCCUGGGCUCUGUGUCCACUGGAGAACUUGCCACAUCGUCUGGCCUCCCAUCUGGGAAUGGAGACUGCCGAGCAUGUGACAGAUGCCAUGGUACUGGACUACCUGCAGAAUAUUCCCGGAGAGUCCUUGGUUACGCCCUAUCUGCUCAGUCCAACUGACCACCUCAACGACUGCGUGUUUCAGUUCGGACCAAAAGUGGAGCCGUACAAGACGGAACACUGCGUCCUGCCAAAGCAUCCAAAGGAUCUGCUAAGCUCGGCGUGGGGCAACCGCAUUCCAGUGCUGAUGAGUGGAACCUCCUUUGAGGGAUUGCUUAUGUUCGCCCGUGUCUCGUUGGCUCCGUACUUGCUUACUACCCUGAAAACUGAACCGGAACAUAUGCUUCCGCUGGAUUUAAAGCGAAAUAUGCCUCAGGCCUUGGCCCGCAACUUGGGACAACGCCUGAAGGAAAUACAUUUCGGAAACACUGAGAUAUCGAUGUCACCAGAGGCACUUGUGGCCUAUUGCGAGUACGCCAGUUACAAGGUCUUCUGGCUUCCCAUUCUUCGGGUUGUAAGGUCGCGACUUAAAAGUUCAAAGGCGCCUACGUACCUAUACCGCUUCGAUUUCGAUUCGCCCACCUUUAAUCACCAGCGGUUACUGUACUGCGGGGACAAGCUGCGAGGAGUGGCUCACGUUGAUGACCACUCGUAUCUAUGGUACGGGGAGUUCUCCUGGAAGCUAGACAGAAACACGCCCGAGUUCCUGACCAUCGAGCGCAUGAUCGACAUGCUAUUCAACUUUGCCAGUGUCGGAAAUCCAAACUGCGAUCAAAUCAAAGAGCAACUUCCACGAACCAAAGAGUGGAAGCCUUUGGACAGCAAUUCAACUCUGGAGUGUCUAAACAUUUCUGACAGAAUUAAACUGGUGGAACUGCCGGAGCUCCAGAAGCUGAAAGUCUGGGAAAGCGUUAUCCACUCAAAGUAGUCGAGAGCUAAAUUUUUUCGUGAACAAAAUUUAGAGGCUUUAUAAACUGUUUGAAAGAGCGGACUCAAUAAAAACCAACUUCUGUGGAUUUUUACAUA